CAAUUCACCAAAUGCAAAAUGGCAUAGCAGACAAAUUAAUUCGAAACAAUGUUCAUAUUUUUAGAGAGAGGAAAGUCGAUGAGUAAUUUAAUAAUAAGUCAGAGCAUAACCCAUCAACCGGUUCUUAUUCCAUAGUAUGCAUGAGAAUGGUUACCUAGGCAUAUUUUUCACACUCUGAUAUGCGAACAUCCCACGACAACAAAGAUUCUAGCAAUCCUGCCACGCAUAACAUAUCCUUUUGAGAUUGAACCUGCGAACCAUGCAAUGACCAGCUUUUUCCUAUUCUUAUCAUGAUUGGGCAAAGUAAAAUCAUGAGCACAUAUAAACAGCUUACUCGUUUAAGAUGUUCAAUUUCGGGUUAUAUUACCAGAUUAUAUCGGUACAACAGUACCAAGAAACCAAAAAAGUAAUUUGAAAAAAGUAAUGAAUCAAAACUGAUUAGUAAUUACAUUUCUGAUGAUAGAAACCUUGUUUAUUGCUUUUCCUAUUCAAUGCGGCUUUCUUCAAAUUAUACUUUCUUUUGUGGUACGUAGACGCAAUGAAUCAUUUAAAUUGAAUAGAAAAUAUUUGAACUAGUUUUUUACUCAGUGAUAUUAUCUAUGCAACCUUUAGAGCGCAUAUGUAAUGGGUGCGACUGUCUGCUCUGGAAUGUUAGGAUUGCAUCAUGCAAUGCUCAUUUUUUUCCCGAACUAGACCCAUGAAGGUUGCAAUGACAGCAAUUUCUUAUUUGCCUAAUACCUUUGGCAACAAUUUUCAGUGCUAGGGCUGUAAAGCACAAGUGAAUUAGUUGCAUAUCUAAAGUAUCUAGGAACAAUUCUCAAAAUAUUGAAAGUUUUUAAUUUUUCUAACUGUAUUGUUGUUAUGCCAUUAAAUCAUAUGAAAAAUAAUUAUUUCAGUAAGCAUGCUAUUUUAAAAUAUUUAAUGGCUUUUACUCUGAACAAGCAGAUCCGAAACGGUUAUGAUCUAUUUAUUUUUAAAAGAUAAGAAUUUUCUGAUUAAUUUUUAGCUUGAACUUACGAUAUUUUUAUCAUCCAUUGUUUAUGUGUUUAUCUUUACUCAGAUUAUAUAUGUAAAAUGGCUGAUGCCGAUAAUCAACCAUCGUCAAGCUUGUCACAGCAAAAUAAUCCACUGUCGAGAAAAUUGGGGAAAAUCCUCGACACAAGACUAGAUAAUGACAAGGACAUGCUUGAAGCGCUGAAGGCAGUUUCAACAUUUUUUAACGAGAACAACUUGCGAACAAGACGUAAUUUAAGGGGUGACAUUGAAAGACGCAGCCUUUCGAUCAACCAACAGUUUUUGGAUGCUUUCACACAUGUAAUCGGGGAGCUGGAUAGUAUACAUGAAGAUGUACAUUCGAUGUCAGAAUGCUGCAAGGAUAUGACUGAGAGAUUGAAAAUUACAAAAGAACAAACACAGGAUUUGAUGAGUAAAACAAGCUCAUUGCGAGGGGAAGGAAAGAAACUGCAGUUGCGAUCAGAAGUUGUAGGAGCAUUUCUUGGAAAAUUUCAGCUCAAACCAGAAGAGGCAAAAAUAUUUCGUGGGGCAAGAGAUGGUAACAUACAUCCAGAAUUUUUUACGGUCUUGGAAAAAGUGCAAAAAAUACAUAAUGACGUCAAAGUUCUGUUACGAACAAACCAGCAGACUGCGGGCCUUGAGAUAAUGGAACAAAUGGCACUACAUCAGGAAUCUGCUUAUGAAAGAUUAUAUCGAUGGACUCAAACACAAUGUAGAGGAUUGACUGCAGAUUCUAUUGACAUUUCAGAAAUGCUUCAAAAGGCGAUGAAAUACUUGCAAGACAGGCCAGUCCUGUUCACAUACACUUUGGAUGAAUAUGCUGGUGCCCGUCGUACAGCAGUUGUAAGAGGAUUCAUUGAUGCUCUCACAAGAGGUAGCGGACAGACAAGUGUUAGCCAUACUAAACCAAUAGAAAUGCAUUCCCAUGAUCCGCUGCGAUACAUUGGAGAUAUGUUGGCAUGGUUACAUCAAUCCUCUGCGUCAGAAAGGGAAUAUCUUUCAUACUUAGUACAAGAUUGUGUUAAACCAACACAGGAAGAAGAAAAAUCCACAAUAGGGCACACAUUAGAAGGAGUAUGCAGGCCACUAAAAGUUCGCAUAGAACAAGUCUUAGUUGGUGAACCUGGCUCGUUAACUUUAUUCAAGUUAACCAAUCUACUCAAGUUUUAUCAUACUACAAUCAAAAACAUUUUAAAAACAGACACCACUCCCCUUUUGGACAUCAUGGAAGAAAUGCAUGUUCUCUGUCGAAAACUAUUUUUCAACAGCCUUAAUUUCACAGCUAGCAGAUUGCUUGAUAAAGUAGAAGUUCCUGCAGCAGACCUGGGUCCUUCUAACACUUUGAACCAAAUGAUGCAGCUUCUACAAGAUAUGUUGGAUUCACAUGCUUCUUCAGUUGUGGAGAUUGAUUCAAGACAAAUUGAUUUCAAGCAAAUCAUGUCUUGCUUAUUGGAUCCUCUGCUACAAAUGUGUGCUAUGUCUGCAAGUCAACUCCCUGCUGCGGACAUGGCAGCAUAUAUGAUAAACUGCUUACAUUCAAUGAAAUAUGUUCUUGCUUUAUAUGAAUUCACAGAAGAGAGGAUAGAAAUGCUUUCUGCUCAGAUUGAUGCACAUUUGGACACCCUUGUCAAUGAGCAAGCUGCUGCUAUACUAACACAAGGCGGAAUUGCUGGAGUAUAUUCAGAAAUUCAAAAAUAUAGAUCCCAUGGUGGUGAGGAGCCUUUAUCCAAACAACCAGGUCUGGAAAGGGAUAAUGUUAUUGGUGCACUUGCUCGUUUUGAUGCUUAUGUCAUGUCAAUGGAGGAAUUUAUUUUGCCACAAGUUUCUUUCUUGGCAAGCGCAACUUUGAAAGAAGUAGCCACGACACGUGCCAGUGACCUAGUCACUAAUGCACAUAAAAAUGUAUAUGAAGCUUUAAUGGAUCCAGCUAAUAAAUAUGCUGAUACUACCAGUGUCACAGUAAAGACACCAGACCAGAUCAAAGUAAUGCUAUAUUGAAGCCACAAUUAUACACAUAUUUCGUGCAAUCAAAAAUAGGUGCUCUGUUCUCUAUUACAUAUGAAUAAUAAAGUUUUAAAACAUCA